AUUUUUUAACGCAAACCAAUAACUUAUUCUCGAAAAAGGUUUCCCGUAUUUCACUCGAUUACUAAUGAGCAGUUCAGAUGCUACUGGUAAUGACGGAGCCGCUGCCGGUGGAAAUGGAGACAGACAGUGCGGAUCAUCCGGGGGAAUUCCUAAAGUGGUUAAAAAGACAAAUGUUUGCCUGAUCUGUGGAAUCUACACUAAUUUAUCGCUGAAUAUUUUUGAGCCUCGUAGUGGUCCCAAUAUACGUGAGGUUAUUUAUCAAAAGUACAAUUUUCGUGCCGAACGCGGUGACAAUGUGGAUAAAUAUAUUUGUUACAGUUGUAACAAUUGGCUGAUCAACUGGUACUCAUUGCAGCAUUUGUCAGAGACUCGAAAUUAUGAAUCCACUCCCUCAUCCAGUCGUUCGCAAUCACAAAACGACAGUAAACGCUCGAAGAACCAACGCUCUCAACCGCACUCAACAUCAAAAUCCAGUCGAAAUAAGGAGAAUCUCGAGCAAUGCAACCUGGUAUCAUCCACAGUGGUUGAUUCACCGAAGCGCAAGUGUAAACGAUCCCCAAGAAACAUUCUGAAAGAAUCGCUUCUGCAACAGAAAUCGAGCCCAACUGACUUAUUUGAGUCGUACCUAAUUCAGAUGCUGGAGAAACAAGGAACGAGUGUAAUAAAAGAGAAUGUUCCAACAUCAGAAACGUUAAAAUCAACCUCCUUCAGUUCUACAUUACUGCAUAAUAUCAAAGAAGCCAGAAAACACGAGGAAACUUCCUCGGGUAGCAGUGACAUAAUACUCAGUUUUAACUCUGCUCUCUCAGAAUUGACAAAUAUGAUGCCAUCGUUUGAUAGAUUUCGCUACACCAAAGAGGAUGAAGAUAAGUUAUAUGAUCCCAACGAAUUACAAAAAAGACUCACUUGCUCUCUUUCAAUAUCUCUUGUCGAUAAGGUUCCACUGGAAAACAAUCAAACAGAAGAUAAGCUCUAAAAUUGGAAGGCUUGAAAAGUGGAACGAUUGUACUCUUGCAUUUGUCGAAACACAUUCUCAAGUUUCCUAUUAUAUAUAAGCUGACAGUUAUAGCUAUAGGUUUCAUUCCAAUAUCCAAUGUUAUCGUGUUGAAUUUGGAUGCAUAGGAUGAAGAAUACUCUUUUUUCCAUCUAUCAAGGAAAUCAAACCAAAAAGUUAAUUUUAGGUAAUUCCAUUAAUCCUAAUACCCACAUAUGCCAUCAUUAAGUCUUGUUUAUGAUCUCGACUACUUUUAUUAGCGUUGUAAUGUCUUAAGAUUGGCAGUUUAAACUAGAUUUAUUAGAUUGUGUCUAAGCAAAUAGUUAAAAUUCGAGAAAUCGAUUUUAUUCCAGAUAGAAUGUUAAGAUAUCAUGUAGAAGCUUCGUACGAUUAUGGAACCAGCAUUUUAGUAAUUAGUAGACAUUAGUAUAUGGCAUCAAAAUAUGCAGAAUAAUCAGUGGACGCAUAGUUGUAACAAACUAGAUGAAUUAUCACCUUGUGUUGAAAGAUCAUGUCCAGGCUUGAAAACUGAAAUAAAAAGAACUUACGUUCUAAUCCAAAAACGGAAUUGUUUUUCAUCUCAAUCAUCCGGUCCAUCAUCGCAUCCAAAUUAUAUUAAUUAGAUUGGAGCAGGACUACAU